AUGUCUCACUCUGAUGAGUUUUCGGCCUUCAAGGUUGAAGAAAAAAAUGAGGAUGCACAAGAAGGCCAGCGCCUGGAGAGUGGUCGGCUGUGCAGUGCUGAGAUGGGGAUGGCUGAAUUGCCCUCCUCCACCACUGCCUCUUUCCCCUUUGAAGAAAUCCCUGGGGAGGUAGCAGCUGCUGGAGUAUCCAGUGAUGUAAAAGGUCCUCAGUGUAGUCCUGCCAAGGCCCAGCACUUCAUGGUGGCCAUGGCUGAAAAGCUAGACAGCCAUCCCAAAAUUGGCAGUUCCUGCAGCCCAAAAGAGAAAGGCCUAAAAGAUAGGGAGGAGCCAGCACAAGCUGGGGCCAGCCUCCAGGAGGCAUUGUAUGGCAAGAUGUCCGGUCUGGUGGAGUUCUUGCUCCUCACGUACCGCACUAUGCCGUUGACCUCAAAGGAAGUGAUGUUGAACACCAUCCUCAACAAUGAUGAGGAGAACUUCUCUUACAUUCUAAGCCAGGUGUCUCAGUGCAUGCGGGUGCUCUUUGGCAUUGAUGUGAAGGAAAUAUACCCCAAAUCCCACAUCUAUGCUUUGUUCACCACCUUGGGCCUCACUUAUGAUGGGAUGGUGAGCCCUCAGCAUACCAUGCCCACCACGGGCCUGCUGGUGAUAGUCCUGGGGAUCAUCCUUCUGGAGGAUGAUUGUGCCUCUGAGCAGGCUAUGUGGAAACAAUUAGGUUUGAUGGGAGUUCAUCCUGGGAGGAAGCACUUCAUUUAUGGGGAGCCCAGGGAGCUCCUCACCAAUGUGUGGGUGAAGGAGCAUUACAUAGCUUACCAGAGGGAGCCUGGAAGUUAUCCAGCCCGCUAUCAGUUCCUCUGGGGCCCCAGAGCCCACAGAGAAACCAGUGCAUUGGAAGUCCUGAAUUUUUUGCUCAAUAUCUGA